AGGAAGAGGAAGAUGCCAGGGGCCCCCCGGGCAGGCCGCGAGCUGAGGACGGAGGGCACGGAGGACAAAUCCCCCCAGCAGACCCUGGUGGGAGAGGCUGUUUUGAAGGGCUCCAUGGCACAGGAAGGCAGUGGGGAGGAAAAGGCCUGGAGAUCCCCCUGGAGAAGGGGCUUCAAAGCCAGUCCAGGGUGCUCUGAGGAGGAAAGACCCAGCCUGUGCCGGGAAGGCAGCCGGAGCUUGAGCCAGAGCUGCAAGGUGGUGGUCCCUGAGCAGCCUCCCAGCAGGGAGAAGCCCUUCAGGUGCUUGGGAUGUGGGAAGAGCUUCAACAGCAACUCCAAGCUUGUUGCCCACCAGCGUGUCCAGACAGGGGAAUGACCCUAAGAGUGUGAGGAAUGUGGGAAGACCUUCCUCUAUGGCUCCCACCUCCUCACCCACCGCCGGGUGCACACGGGGGAACGGCCCUACAAGUGCUUGGAAUGUGGGAAGGGCUUCACUGUCAGCUCCCGCCUGAUCCACCACCAGCAGAUCCACACUGGGGAAUGGGGGCCUCGGCCCUACAAAUGUGGGGAAUGCAAGAAAAGCUUCACAUGCAAUUCUCAACUCGUCAUCCACCAGAUUGUGCACAUGGGGGAGAAGCCCUACGGUGUGGGGAGUGUGGGAAGAGGUUUUGGAG